GGUCAAUCAGUUGGUCUUGUUUUUUUUGGUUUUCACAUUAUUAGCAACAAUUAUUAAAUUAAUUUUUUUUGUUUGAAAAAAUGGCUAAUAAUAACAAAACUAAUUGGGACGAUAUUUGGGACAAGAUUGUGAAUUUACACCGAACCACAGAACAACCAAGACGUGCUUUUAUAAGUGAUGAUUCUUUCUCUGUUUCGAGUUUGGAUUUUUCUAACAUAGAUAUCGAUGAAAGUGAUGAAAAUUGUUCGAAAUCACUGUCGAAUAAACUCCAAUCACCAUCAAUAGAAUCAUGUAACAGUAGUUACAAUGAUAAAAUUUUCUGUUCAACUUCCCAAAAAACAACAUUGGCCAAUUAUUCUUUGCACAAAUUAUCCAAUAUCACCAUUUUGGCUGCCAAAAAUGAAUCUUAUAAUAAACAACAACCGUCGCAUAAAUCCCUUUCGUUAUCUGAAAAUAUCAAAACAAAUUCUCCAAAUGAUGCUGGCCAGACUGUUCAUAAUUCAACUAAAAGAACUAUUGUUCAUACAGAACAUGAUGAUAUAUUCAACAGUGAAUUUUCCAAAAAACCGCGUCCAAGUAACAUUCCGUUUGAUGAGACUAAGACAACAAUGAAUAAAGAAUUGACUGAUCUUAUCUUAAAAAACAUGGAUUCACCAUAUAAUUCACCAUGUACACCAAAUGUCAUCCGUAAUCUUGAUAAACAGGCAUCGUUUUUUUGUAUGACCAAAACUUUCUACCAAACCAAUACAUUCUAUCGUUCAAGAACUGAAAUAGAAGCUUGCCGACGUAAUGAUUCACAAGUAAUAAACAGUAUUCCAUUAUUUAAUGAUGAUAUUCAAAAAAUAUAUGAAGAUACGCGUGAAUUGUCAAGUGGAGUUGUUUUGAUUGAAAAAAAUCAACCACCGAAAACAUUGGUCACUGAAAUUGUUUCAAUCCAUGGGGAUAAUGAUGAUGAGCAGGAUGGAAAUUAUAUAGUCGAUCUAAUUGAAGAACUUCAUAAGGAUAAAUCAAUCAGCGAAAAGUCAACAGAAAAUGAAAUUCAACCAGAAGGUAAAGGCAACCACUCUGAAAUGGAACAAUCAAUCGAUGAAUUUAUAUUGGAAAAUAAUGCAACAGAUGGUUUCGAAUCAAUUAAUGAUGAACAAAUGGAUAAAAUGGACAACUUUGAAGAACCCGAAGUUUCUGUUCACGGAAAAGAAAAUGAACCAUCAAUAAUUUCGGAACACGAAUUGUAUGCAGAAAUGAAUAAUAAAAAUGAUUUCCAGCCAGAAUUGUCACCACCAGAAAAUCAAUUAAUCAUCAAAAAAACACAAAAAGAAUGUUUACUUAAUCAAACAUUUGACAUUUCGAAUAAAUCGGCAAAAGAAAAACCUUCAGAAAAAAGUUCAUCUUCAACUGUUAAUGGAAAUAGCCCAGUUCAAAAAAAAUUAUCAUUAUCAAAGAAAAAAAUGAACUUAUUGGUACCAUACGAUUUAAAUUCAACAGAAGAGGACAUUUCUUUUGGUAAUUCUUUACACAAAAUUGUUCAUUGCCCAUCCAUUGAUAGUCAUUCGAACAAUAUUGAUGAUGAUGUAAGCCAAGAUAUUUAUGAUUCAAAUGUUGACAAAAAUGAAAUUGGCCAUUUACAGGAUGUUGCAUUAUCGCCGAUUCAUUUCGAUAAUGAUAGCGAUGUUGAAUUCAAUGAAUUAAUGGAUUGCCACUAUGAUGACCGUAUUGAUGAUGAACAUGAAAAAAUGCCUUCCAAUCAUUUUUUUGCCAAUCUUUCAUCUGAUAACGAACAAGAAAAUCAGUAUCAUGAAGACAAUGUAUCAAGUUCACCCAAAAGAUCUGAUUACAUUAAUAGAAUAGAAGAUUCUAGUUCUCCUGAAUUGAUUAUACGACGUCAUAAGAAACAGAAACAAAAAAAUUAUUUUGAUCGAAUGUUGAAAAUCGUUACAAAUAAUGAUAAUAUUGCUCCAGUUAAUUAUGAAAAUAAUUUGCGCCGAUCACAACGAAAUCGUAUAAAGCCAUUGGAUUAUUGGCGUGGUCAACGUCCAAUUUAUAAAAUGGAACAGAAACAAAUUAAUGACCAAGUUGUGACUAUGCCCACAAUUGUUGGUAUAGCUAAACCAUGUCAACCUGUCAUUAAACGACGUCGGUUUAAUAAAAAAACUAACAAAAGAAAUAUAAAUAACAAUGCGGAUGACAAUGGCAACAAUAAUGAACAUCAAUGUUAUGAAACGCAAACUUCUUCAAAUGCUAGAACAAAAUUACAGGACAUUCUAAAUCUAUCGGUUCAAUCCAAAAAAAUCCCACAGAAAUCAUUGAUCAAUUGUCCAGAAUUUGUAAAAAAUAUUCCAUCGCUCAAUUUUAAACCAUCUGAAAAGUCUAAAGGAAUUCAUACAGCUUUAAUCGAAAAAGAUGAUCGAGGAAGAGCAUUCGGUAUGAUGCGAUUUGAAUCAUUCGCAUCGAAAAAGAAAGGUCGUAAUGGUUCCUAUACUACAUAUUUCAUGGUCAUUUAUGGAGCAUUUAUAUUGAAAGUAGAUGAUGAAGAUGACGUUCUCAUAAAGAGUGGGUCAUAUUUUAAAAUUCUUCCAAAAUCCGAAUAUUCUAUCAAAAAUGUUCGUAAUGAUGAAUCUUUAAUACAUUUUCUUGUUACGCAAGAACAAUCGUCAAAUUGAAUGAGAUUUUUAUUCUUUUAAUAUUUUUU